AUGCCACCCAUCAGAACGCAAUGGACUCGGUUAAUCCGCUUCGUCGCUGCAGAGACCUCCCAGGUGCACAUCGGUGAACCAGUUGACCCCAGACUCGACGUCGGACUGGCGUCCCACCAGAAGCAGGUCAUAAAGGCAUACGAGAUUCACGGCUCUGCGCUCGAUCCGAACGCGCAUGUCACUAGGAAGGUCCUCACCGUCAAGGAGCUGCUCGCGCCGCUGGACAGAAGCGAAAUCGGGCUCGUACGCUGCUUGGGGCUAAAUUACGCAGAUCAUGCGGCGGAAGCCAACCUUGCAAAACCUGCCUUUCCCGUCCUGUUCUACAAGCCCGUCACUGCGCUCAUCGGCCCAAACGCACCUGUGACGAUCCCCAAGGUUGUGCAGCCUCCCGCAAAGCAUCUGCCGGACUACGAAGUUGAGCUCGUCAUCGUCAUCGGCAAACCCGCGAAGGACGUCUCGGAGGCGGAUGCGCUCGACUAUGUGCUCGCAUACACCGGUGCGAACGAUGUGUCUUUCCGGUACCACCAAAUGGCGGUCUCACAGUGGGGCUUCUCGAAGGGAUUCGAUAACACUAACCCGCUUGGGCCUUGCCUCGUUACCGCCAGCGCCAUACCCGACCCUCAACGCGUACCGCUGAGGUGUACCGUCAACGGCCAGGUCCUUCAAGAGGGUAUCACCGCCGACCAAAUCUUCACCGUCCGGCAGACAAUCGCCUUCCUCUCGCAGGGCACGACGCUCCUCCCCGGCUCGGUCAUUCUGACCGGCACGCCAAAGGGUGUCGGGUUUGUCAGAAAACCGCCCAUCUUCCUUGAGGGGGGCGACGACAUGAGCGUCUGGCUCGGCGCGGGCAUCGGUACGCUGGUCAACCGCGUCGUCGAGGAGGAUGCCAAGGAGAAGGCGAAGCUGUAA